AUGGAAAGUUCUGUUAUCACCCAAGUGCACAAAGAAGACGUCCAGGUGGCCCCCAAAACAGGGCUGGUGAGCCGCUCGUCCCUGAAGCAGCCUCGAAGUUGCAACAUCUUCAAGGCGCUCUUCUGCUGCCUCCAAGCUCAGGAUGGUGCCAAACUACCUCCGCCGCCGCUACCCUCGCCUUCCCAGCAAGCCUUGCUACAGGGGCAGGAAAACGGGGCUCUCAUCAAGCUGUGCCAAGGCAGCCUGCUGCCCGAGGUGACGGCCGAGGAUCGGGGCAAAAUCUGUGCCGUCAUCGAUCUGGACGAGACGCUGGUGCACAGCUCUUUCAAGCCGAUCAGCAACGCCGAUUUCAUCGUGCCCGUGGAGAUCGAGGGAACCAUGCAUCAGGUUUACGUACUUAAGCGGCCGUACGUGGACGAGUUUCUCCGACGAAUGGGCGAGCUCUUCGAGUGCGUGCUCUUCACCGCCAGUUUGGCCAAGUACGCCGACCCGGUGACGGACCUGCUGGACCGGCACGGCGUGUUCCGGACACGGCUCUUUCGUGAAUCCUGCGUCUUCCAUCAGGGCUGUUACGUCAAAGAUUUGAGCCGCCUAGGCCGAGACCUUCACAAAACGCUCAUCUUGGAUAACUCGCCCGCUUCCUACAUCUUUCACCCCAAUAAUGCUGUGCCAGUGAUGUCGUGGUUCGACGAUGCGGACGACGCCGAACUCCUCAACCUUUUGCCCGUCUUCGAAGAACUUAGCCAGGCGGAGGACAUUUACGCUCAGCUGGACCAACUUCGCGGACAUUAA